AUGAAAAAGUCUCUCAUCAUUGCCGCUGGGACAGUUUCGUCGCGAGAAGUCAAGUCAAGCCACGUUAAUUCCAUUAACGACGUGCAUGGAAUGAUCGACAGAUAUGCUCCUCACGUAGCUUUUGGAAUGAACAACUACGGAUGCUCGGGAGACAACUACUUGGACGUUAAUAUGCCAGUCAAAGGACUGCCGGUGGACUCGGUUGACAACCUCAUUAUUUCUUGGAAAGAGUGUAUUCAUCUAGCUGCCCGUGCCGAGAAAGGACGAAAACCUCGUCAAAUCCAUCAACACAACGCUACGAGCCAUCACGAGCUCUUGUUUAUUGACCGGCCAAAAUACGAGUUCAAUGAAAGACAGCAUAGAUGCGUCUCAGGAAAAGAUUCCUUCGAACAGGAUGUAUGCCAGUGCGAUCUUGAGUUCGCCCAAAACUUGAGCGAAGAAGAAGUCGACGACGACAAGGUCGAUUAUCCCCCGAAAAAAUGCUCACAUGGCGGAUCCAUUGAGCCCAAGAAAAUCCGCUCCGCGCUGUUCGCUGACGAGCCGGCGGCAGCUAUAAAUCCGACCACUGAAAUGCUGUGUUACGGAGCCGACAACAUGAACAGAAACUACACUCAGAACUAUGCGAUGCAGCCUUAUGGCUAUUAUGGCGAUUACGGCCACUACACUUCCUCUGAUUCGACUGGUCUCACAGCUUCCACAAACUCAUCGGCUGAGCUGACACCAAGCGAUCCAUCGACAGAUCCUUCUUCCACCCCUGAACAAAUUCUCAGGGAUGUUGGAAGUCAGCUAUUUCCGAGUUCGAUGCCUAACCAAAUGGUCUCGCCGAUUGACGCACCUCUACCUCAUUCUUUACCGACAGUAGCUUGGGGAGACGCGCUUGUUACUCCAACUGAUGUAUCCGCUUUCACCCGAGUGCCGCCCUUUGAUUUGUACUCCACAGACCAUAACCACCGGCGACACCCUUACGACUGGAUGAAGCGAACUGGCGCACCUGAGACUCAGUCCGCGCCAAACCACGCGAGGACGCGAACAAAAGACAAGUACAGAGUCGUGUACUCUGAUACUCAGCGACUGGAGCUCGAGAAAGAAUUUGCAUUCAACAAAUACAUAACUAUACAGCGAAAAGGGGAACUGUCACAGCAACUCAAUCUUACAGAACGACAAGUAAAAAUCUGGUUCCAGAACAGGCGAGCAAAAGAGCGCAAAAUCUCGAAAAGAAAGGGAGACAACGAAGAUAGCGCUAGACCUGAGGGAGAAGACUUGGACGGCUCAAGCUCACCCACUUCCGCCGUUUCCGAAGUGCGCAACGCUCUCAAGUUUGAGCCGAUUUGA